GCCCCCAGAGCCCCCCAGGUCUCAAUGACUUUCAAGGAUGUGGCUGUGGACUUCACCUGGGAGGAGUGGGGCUACCUGGACACUUCCCAGAAGGAGCUUUACUGGGAGGUGAUGUUGGAGAACUACAGGAACCUGGUCAGCCUGGGUGAGGGAGACUCUUCUGGCAAGGCCUGGAAAAACCAAGGCUUUGUGCAUCCCAGUGACCCCAAAGGCAGGGGGGCCGGAUGCUCUCCCUGGUCCCAUCUGAAGGGCUCUGGCUUUGUAUGUCUGGAUACUGACUGCUCCAGUUGUGUGAUCCCAUUUUAGCUGUCUGUUCUUUGAAGCCAAGUAUACUCCCAGACCCCAGAUUACCUGGGCCUUCCCAGAGGAGCUUGCUUAACCCACCCUUUCCAUCACUUUGUCAUUUCCCAUGACUAGGCCUAGCAGAUUCCAAAAUGGAAGUGAUCUCUCAGCUGGAGGCAGGAGAAGCACAUGGGAUUCCAGUGGAUAGUGUCCUAAGAACCUGCUGGCCAGAUUGGGAUGUCAGGCCUCAUACCAAGGAGUCACCUCCAAAGUUGAAUGUUUCUGUGGAAGACUUAUCUCAGCAAAGGUCUUUGUGGGAUGAUUCAUGCAGCUCCAAGAUGGGAAAAGCCCGGGACUAUUAUGGCAGGUUAAGGAAAGGGCAAAGCAAUGAGGAGAAACAUUCUAGACAAGGAAAAGCAAUUCAAGCAGAACCUGCCAAUGAAAUGAGAGCCUCUGAACACAGUAAAUACAGCCAAACCUGUAGCCCAGAGCCAGUCAGUUUUCUGCAACAUGGAGUAUCUGUAGCAAUAAAACUCCAUGAAGGUGAUAUUCAGCAAAAGACCUUCACCAUGUCUUCAGACCAAAGUCAGUGUAAUCAAAUGUCUUCUCAGAAGAAGUAUUAUAAAUUUAUCAAAUGUCAGGAAAGCUUCAAGAAAAAAUAUGCAAUUCAUGCUGAAGACAAACUUCGUGAAAGUAGGAAUUCUUUCUUCCCUAAAAAUGAGCAUACUCUACAUCAGAGAAGUGAUACAGGGAAAAAGUGUCAUAUAUUGAGUAAAUGUGGGAAUAUAGAUCUUAAUCAACCUUCUAGUAUUCAAGAUAAAAAGAAAGUUUAUAAAUGCAGUGAAUGUGGAAAGGACUUCCAGCAUAAGGUCAAUCUUAGGCAACACUGCAGAGUUCAUACUGGAGAGAAAACUUUUGAAUGCAAUCAAUGUGGAAAGGCUUUCCACCAAAAAGGAGAUUUUAGAAGACACUGUAGAAUUCAUACUGGAGAGAGGCCUUUUAAAUGCGGUGAUUGUGGGAAAGCCUUUUCCUGGAGCACAGCAUUGACUGGACAUCAGAGAAUUCACACUGGAGAGAAACCUCAUGAAUGCAAAGAAUGUGGGAAGACAUUCAGAGAAAGUUCUCAACUUUCUGUGCAUAAGAGAAUUCAUACAGGAAUAAAACCUCAUGAGUGCACAAUAUGUAGAAAGCUAUUCUCUCUAAAGUCACAUCUUAUACAACACUACAGAAUUCAUACUGGAGAGAAGCCUUUUAAAUGUAGUGAUUGUGGGAAAGCCUUUUCCUUGAACACAACUUUGACUGUACAUCAGAGAAUUCAUACUGGAGAGAAACCCUAUGAAUGCAAAGAAUGUGGGAAGACAUUCAGAAAAAGUUCUCAAGUUUCUUUGCACAAGACAAUUCACACAGGAAUAAAACCUCAUGAAUGCACGGUUUGUAGGAAGGCAUUCUUUCAAAAGUCAACUCUUACAAGACACUAUAACAUUCAUACUGGAGAGAAGCCUUUUAAAUGCAGUGAUUGUGGGAAAGCCUUUUCCCGGAACACAACCUUGACUCUACAUCAGAGAAUUCACUCUGAAGAGAAACCAUAUGAAUGCAAAGAAUGUGGGGAAACUUUCCAAUCCAGCUCCAAACUUUCUGUGCACCAGAGAACUCAUACAGGAAUAAAACCUCAUGAAUGCACAGUAUGUAGAAAGGCAUUCUCUCGAAAGGCACAUCUUACAAGGCACUACAACAUUCAUACUGGAGAGAAGCCUUUUAAAUGCAGUGAUUGUGGGAAGGCCUUUACCAGGAACACAACCUUGACUAAGCAUCAGAGAACUCAACACUGGAGAGAAAUCCUAUGUGUGCAAUGACUGUGGAAAGGCCUUCACCCAGAAAGGUCUUUCAUUACAUAUUAAAAGAACACAUUUUAGAGAGAAGUCUUAGGAAUGUAAUAAAUGUGGGAAAGUUUGUGAUGAUGAGAAACCUCAUUAAUAAAAUCCUGGAAAACCA